AAUAGCGUAGUACACACUCGCAAUGUCAUUCAGUAGCGGUGAUAAUUCACGAUUACAUUCCAGUGCUGUGUUUAGUCAUAACUGAUAAAUGGUAACCACAGAAGCAUUUAUUUGCCCUUCAUGUUCGACGUUUGGAAGGUGGAAUGUUUCAGCUGGUUCUCAGUUUCCCCUCGGCCCCAUGAGAAGAGCACGGGGGGAGGCGGGUAAGAUGGCGGCGGUAAGAGAGCUCUGGUCUUUCACUAACCGGAGUCUGGUUGUCAGGAGCCGAUGUCAUCUCCCUCUCGGGCUUGGUGUAGUGUCCGAUCAUCUCCGCACUUUCUCCAUCUCCAGCGUUUUAAACCAAGCCGAAAAAGAGGAGGAACUGCAGAAAAAUCCUUUCUAUUGCAAGUAUAAGACCAAGAUCCAGGACCUGCGGAGGAUGAAACCAGAUGAAUAUGAGGCUUGUGUGGCAAAGAUAGAAGAGGUGAAGAAACAGCCAUUGGGACAUUCAAAGCAGGGUGAAUUUAUCAGACUCAUGGAAGAAAAGUCAAAAAGACUGGGUGAAAGAGCCACUGGAAAGAAAAUUGGUUUCAGUAAGGACAAGACCCUUCAGUCCAUCCUAAAUUUGGAUAUGAUGAAAGAAAAGACUGCAGAUGAAAUCAGACAGAUUUGGAAUCAGUAUUUUGCCCUGAAGAAUACCAUCUCUGCUGUAAUUCCUGGUACAACAUUUGAUCUCAUGCACAGCAGAUCUCAGCAAUGCCCCACUUUCUUGUAUGCUUUGCCAAGACAAACAGGUUAUGAGUUCUUUGUGGGUCAGUGGUCUGCGACUGAACUUCACUUUUCCUCUUUAAUUAAUAUUCAGUCUUUGGGGGAAAAUUCACCAAGCCAGCUUAUAAUCUAUCAUUACCCGGAUCUGCAGAAGGAGAAGGGCAUUGUACUACUUACUGCAGAAAUAGACACAACAUUUCUGAAUGUACAAGAGGCACAGUGUCUAGCAAAUGAAGCACAACUCUUUUAUGCCACGGAUUGCGAAAAGAUCUUCAAUCUGGUGGAGACAUUUAAUCAUAAACCCAAUGAUUUCAAACACAUGUCAGUCAUAGCUGAGAUUGAGCAAUGUGGAAUGGGAGGAACUUUGAGAAACCAGAGUGCAGAGAUGUAACUUUGAAGAAGAGGAUGAGACAUAAAUGCAUAUAACUUUGAUAUAGACCCAAAAAGAUUGGCACUGACACUGUAUAUUGCUGCUUUUGCUCACCAGUUUUUGUGAACAACAUUAUCUGGAACAACAUGAUCCAUGCAGCAACCAAAGAUCUCAUCUCAUCCCCAUUACCCACGAGUGGCAACUCCUCAUUGAAAUGCAUAAAGUUUAGAACCUUGAAUGUGGUGAAGUAAUGGUUGAUAUUAAAGUUCCAUAAUACACAGCAA